AUGCGACAUCUAGGCGGGCUGCGCACCUUUGCUACCUCUCUUGCACGGACGCGAUCGCGUGCGCCGACGGCUGUCGUCAUGAUGAACAUGGGCGGCCCGGCGACGCUGGACGAGGUCCAACCGUUCUUGACGCGUCUGUUUCUCGAUCGCGACCUGAUGCGUUUGCCCUUCCAGUCGCAUUUGGCGCCGCUGAUUGCCAAACGCCGCACGCCCAAGGUCCAGGGCCAGUAUGCCAAAAUUGGCGGUGGGUCGCCCAUUGGUCGCUGGACACGUACGCAGGGUGACGCCAUGGUCCGCAUGCUUGACGAGCUGAGCCCCGCGACAGCACCCCACAAGGCCUAUGUCGCCUUCCGCUACGCUGCACCCCUUACCGAUGCCUGCAUGGAUGAGUUAGAACAAGACGGCGUGACCCGCGCGGUAGCUUUUACCCAGUAUCCGCAGUACUCGUGCAGCACCACGGGCAGCAGCCUGAACGAGCUGUACCGCGAGAUCCAGCGCCGCAAACAAGCGCAGUCUCCGGCUGGACGAAUUUCAUGGUCGGUUAUUGAUCGCUGGCCGACGCACCCCGGUCUUGUGCGUGCCUUUGCGAACCGUGUGCGCGAGGCAGCAGCCCAGUUCCCCCCCGAGGUCCGGGAAAACGUGCCUAUCAUGUUCAGCGCCCACUCGCUUCCUAUGCAGGUCGUCUCGGGCCGCGGGGAUCCCUACCCGGCCGAGGUCGCGGCGACGGUCGCAGCUGUGAUGCACGAGCUCGGCUGGCGCAACCCCUACCGAGUGACAUGGCAGAGCCAGGUGGGCCCGUCCGCUUGGCUAGGGCCCCAGACGGUCGAUACUCUCAAGGGCUGGGCCAAGCAGGGCCACAAACACGCCAUGGUCGUUCCUAUCGCUUUCACGAGUGACCACAUCGAGACACUCUUUGAGCUCGACAUCGAGCUACAAGAGGAUGCUGAGGAGGCAGGUAUCGAGCUGGUGCGCGCUCCCUCGCUCAAUGAUGAGCCGGUGUUCUUGCGUGCCCUUGCAGAGAUGGUCAGCGAACACUUAGGCUCUGACGGUCUCGGCACUGUGCCCUGGGCACAGGGACCGGGCAGCCGCCAGAUGGCGCUGCGUUGCCCUGGGUGUGUCAAUGCCGACUGUGCGUUACAGAAGGAGUUUUUCCUAGCGUAG